AAGUUUAGAUUAAUAAGUAGACUAUUUUAAGUUUAUUCGAUGUCACGACGUAUGAUUAUAGCAAGUACUGUUUUUGUAAAAUUGCUUAAUAAACAAUAAAAAUAUGGAUUUUUCAUAUAUCUAUCGAUUUUAAAAAUAUCGACGAAACAUAUCGAUUAAUUCAUAAAAAAAUAUAACUUUUUUUAUAUAUAUCGAUAUUUUGUAAGUGUCAAUGUGAAUUCGUUAAAAUGUCACUGAGGCUUGCAACGAGGUUAACUGCCGUGAAUUUGAGUUUUGAUGUUUUCUUGUCUAAGUUUGUACUUUUAGAAAUCGCAUUAUCAUUUUAUAUUAAUGAGUUUAUGUUACAAAAAUGCCGCACGGCCAUUGUCAUAAUGAGCAUCACGACCACGACCACAGUAAUCCUGAUGAAUUAGGGAUACAAUACAAUUUGUAUGAAAAAAUCGAUAAAGAUAAUGUGCAGUGCUUGAAUGAAAUUGUGGAGGGAUCGGGGAAAACAGUGUUCAAACCUUGGGAGAAACGGUUGGAUCGCACUGAUUUUGUCGAGAGUGAUGCAGACGAAGAGCUCCUGUUCAAUAUUCCAUUCACAGGCAAUGUUAAACUAAAAGGGAUCAAAAUAGUUUCAGAGGAAACGGAUGCUCAUCCUGCUAAAUUAAGACUGUUUAAGAAUAAACCAAACUUGACAUUUGAUGAUGUGACCAUGGAACCAGAUCAAGUUUUUGAGUUACAUAGAGACAGUCAAGGGAACUUGGAGUACUCCCCAAAGAUUGUCACAUUUUCGUCGGUAACGCAUCUUACUAUGCAUUUUCCGUGCAACUUUGGGGCAGACACUACAAAAAUUUAUUAUAUAGGGUUAAGAGGAGAAUGGACUCCUGGACAUAGGCAUGGGGUAACUAUUUGCACUUAUGAAGCAAGGCCAAAUCUAGAUGAUCACAAAUUAAAACAUCUAGAUUCUGUCACCAAACACAUUGAAUAAAUUAUAACUAAUACCAGUUGUACAUAAAUAGUUAUUUUAUGAAUAACUUGUGAAGUUAAUUUUGAAAUAAAAAAC